AGCUCGACGAAGCGCGCGCUGCUGUCGCCGUCGUUCUACCGAGUUGCGCCUCGGUUUUCGGAGUUGCGCGUGAGGGAUCGGAGCGUAGGAGAGAUUUGGAGUAAAAGAGAGAGAGAGAGAAAAGAAGAGAGGGUGACGGAGGAACGUGCGUCGCGGUUGUACUACGAGGGUACACGACGAAAACGACGACCGACCGCGCGUACCAUCGAGUACUCUCCCGAGGGCGCCACCCAGCGAAGGGGUUGCGGCGUGUAGUUCCGCGUUAUCGGGAAAGAGAUUCGGCGAGAGUGUGCUGUCAAGAGGAGCAGCCGCGGGACAAAAGCACAAGGGUCGCCGAGGGAGAGAGGAAGAGAGUGCAAAGGAUCUCAUUUAAUUUCUGGAGUAAAUCGGUGUUACGUUUUCUGUGUCUACGUCGAUCAUUAUUCAGGUCGCGCGCCGGUGGAUGCUCCCCGGAGGGCGCCGCGCGGCCUUCCGAAGAGAAACGAACUUGCGGGUGAAAGUGGCCGGAGUGCGAAGAGAGGACCUGUCCGCGGAAGCCUGUCCGUAGUUCCGGUUUAACUACGUCGCUGCUAUAGCAGUACCGGUUCCGGUAAGAGCGCGGUGAACUGAUGGUGUAUGUAAUUCGAGCGCUCGCGUACGUUGACACGCCGCUCGAAUUUCGCGGUCAUACACGUUGAUCCGGAUAUAUACUUGUUCUCUCUCUCUCUGUACCUGCCCCGACCGCUCGUCCCGGCUAGAGCGAGGCGGCUGUUUUGCCUGCGCCGGGGUGGAGGAGGUUUCAGGAGGGCGGAGAGAGUUUGCGUUGUGCAUACCAGGGAGUGUCACAGGUGCGGAACAACUCGACUCGUAGGGCGACAUAACGACCGCGAGGUCGUCGUCGUCGUCGUCGUGCGCUCCUGCGCAACAUCGAGAAGAGAACACCUGGAGGAUCCUGGGGAGGAGCCCUUUGCAUUAGCACCUGGCGUAUCGAUAGCGUGGCGUCAGCACUGAUGUUUUAGUAAAGGCAUCGAUUUAUCGAGAGCGAGAGAGAGUGAGAGAGAGAGAGUGAGAGUGAGAGAGAGAGAGCGAGAGAAAGAGAGUGAGAGAGUGAGAGAGAGAGAGAGAAAGCAGCACAAGAAAAACAGGAUGUGGCGUACACAGGUCAUCGUCUUCCUACUAACAGCCUUCACUUCCGUCACCUAUGCCAAGGUGGCCGUGUUACCGCACGAUGUCUAUCCAGGUUACGAGGUGAUGCAGUUCCGGGGAGGUGGCGCGGGGCGCGCCUCCAACUUCCGCCUUCUGGAGACCGGUUUCUCCAAAUAUUUCACCGUCCUGGGCAACGGCCUGGUGAUGACGACGUCGGAUUUGACGCCGUUAGUGGACCGACCGGUGAACCUGAUCGUUCUGGAAGAGCUGGCCAACGGGACGCAGACUCACGAUCUUCACCUCUACGUCAUUAAUCGCCGCAACAUGUUGACCUUUUCGCAUGAUCGCCUGGGCGAAGGUGAGGUGCCGGAGAACUCGCCGGCCGGCACGUGGAUUGACGGGUUUCCGGUUCUGCGGGCGCGCGGCAGUUUCCCGGUUCACUACAAAAUCCUACCGGACGACAACGGGGAACGUCCGUUCGCUCUUCGAGAGAACGAGUCCAACGAGACGGGUUUCAAUCUCACGCUCAAGAGUCAGAAGCAAGGCGUCAAAGUGGUUACCGCAAAACCGCUGGACCGCGAAGUUUGCGGGAUCUAUACCGUUGUCAUACACGCGUCGGACGGUAACUUUAUCAGCACGUCCAAGAUCAGCGGUAUCGUUCACGUGUUGGAUCAGAAUGACAACAGUCCGAUCUUUGAGCGGGAUUUGUACGUCUUCGAGAUCAGGCCGACCAAUCUGGACACAUUGCGCAAGGGCAGUGCCGCGCAGCCAGGUUGGAAAAGAUUCUCCACGGUGGGCAAGGUCACAGCCAAGGACGCCGAUGGGGACAAAGUCGCGUACAAGCUCGUCACGCCUAGCAGUCUGCUGAUCGUCGUGCCGCAAACUGGCGAGCUGUUGCUGGCCGGCGAACCGGAAAUCAGCGCGGAACAGGACAGCCAGUGCGAGCUGGUUGUCGGAGCGCAUGACCUGCGUACGCCGAGUCGUAGCACCGAGAAACUGGCCAAGGUCAUCGUGAGGUUUCUCACCUCGGAACCGGACGAUCAGCCGGAGGUUCACCGGAUACAGAAGAGAAGGGUCACCAGAGCGGUGAGGCCGACGAAGAAGGUAGACUUCACAGAGGCGGACGGGAACAUCGAGGGAAAGAUCGCGUUUUAUCUGGAGAAGGAAAAUGAAAAAGAGACCUAUAAGAUAAGAGAUGAGAACAAAUGGGUCACCGUGGGUGCCAAUGGUUCUGUUAUGGUCAAACAAAAGUGGGAUUACGAAGAAUUGGGUCCGGAAAAAACAAUUGAUUUUUGGGUUACUAUCACGAACACAGGUACAGAGCCGUGCGCGCGAUAUCCACCCGGCGUUCCCUGCCCGUUUUAUUACGACGAUACCGACAAUCAGCGCGUCAUCAUCAACAUGAAGGAUGUAAACGACGAGCCUCCGUAUUUCAUUAAUCGGCCUUUGCCGAUGCAAACGGUCGUUCAGCUGAACGCACCACCGAACACCCACGUGUUCACCCUUCAGGCCAGGGAUCCUGACACCGACCACAACAUCCAUUACUUCAUCGUGCGGGAUCGAACCGGCGGCCGCUUUGAGGUAGACGAGAGAUCGGGGGUGGUGCGCACUCGAGGUACCGACCUCUUCCAGUUGGAUAUGGAGUACGUCCUUUACGUGAAAGCCGAGGAUCAGAACGGUCGUAUCGACGAGAGGCGUUUCCAGUCGACUCCUGAGGAGAGACUAUCGAUCGUCGGUGGAAAACGCGCACCGCAGUUCUAUAUGACGGCGUACGAGGCCGAGAUACCGGAAAAUCAGAAGAAGGACUCCGACAUAAUAUCGGUGAAAGCCAAGUCGUUCGCCGAUCGGGAGAUACGCUACACGCUGAAGGCGCAAGGUCAAGGAGCCGCGGGAACGUUCAACAUCGGUCCUACUUCUGGAAUUGUAAAACUUGCGAAGGAACUGGAUUUCGAGGAUCUGCGCCAGCCCCACAUUUAUUCUCUGAUAGUGACAGCGACGGAGGACUCUGGUGGUUUCUCGACGUCGGUCGAGCUAACGAUUCGAGUGUCCGACGUGAACGACAACGCGCCCAAGUUCGAGCUGCCGGAUUAUCAGGCGCACAACGUUGACGAGGACAUCCCGUUGGGGACAAAUAUAUUAAAAGUCAAGGCUACGGACGCCGAUUCCGGGGCGAAUGCGGAAAUAGAAUAUUUAGUGUCUGACGAUCACUUUAGCGUGGACUCUAAUGGUAUUAUCGUCAAUAACAAGCAACUCGAUGCUGACAAUAACAACGCGUAUUACGAAUUCAUCGUUACCGCUAAAGACAAGGGCGAGCCUUCGAAAACCGGCACGGCUACGGUGCGGAUAUACACCAAGAACAAAAACGACGAGGAGCCGAAAUUCUCCCAGCAAGUGUACACGCCCAACGUCGACGAGAACGCCGGGCCUAACACUCUGGUCACCACGGUCGUCGCUUCCGACAAGGACGGCGAUAACGUGCGAUUCCGAUUCGUCGGCGGGAACACCACGUCCGGACAGUUUGUGAUCGAAGAGAUCACCGGUGUGAUUCGUCUUCACGGCAAGGACAUCUCGCUUGAUCGCGACAAGUACGAGCUCAACGUUACCGCGCUGGACGACGGCGCUUGCUGUCCGAAUGGCGAUCAGACCAUUCACACAAGCACCGCGGUCGUCGUGGUGUUCAUUACCGACGUUAACGACAACAAGCCGGUGUUCAAGGAUUGCGGGAUGUAUUAUCCGAAAGUGGAGGAGGGCGCGCCGAACGGCAGCACGGUUAUCAAGGUGCAGGCCACCGACGAGGAUAAAGGCGUAAACGGUCAAGUCAAGUACUCGAUCGUGCAGCAGCCCAAUCAGAAGGGCACCAAGUUCACCGUUGACGAGGAAACUGGUCAAGUCUUGACCAACAAGGUGUUCGAUCGCGAAGGCGACGACGGCAAAUUCGUAUCCGUCACUGUGAAGGCGACGGAUCAGGGCGAGCCCUCGCUGGAAGGUGUUUGUUCAUUUACCGUCGAAAUAACCGAUGUCAACGAUAACCCGCCGUUGUUUGACCGUCAGAGAUACGUGGAGAACGUGAAGCAAGACGCGAGCAUCGGAACAAACAUACUGAGAGUGUCGGCAUCCGACGAGGAUGCUGACAACAACGGGGCGAUCGUUUACUCUCUCAGUUCGACCACCAACAAGCAGAAUCUGGAGUACUUCGAGAUCCAACCAGAAUCUGGUUGGAUCGUGUUAAAGAAACCUCUGGACGAGCAGGUGGGAACGACAUUUUUUGAGCCCCACGUACGGUGUACUUCAACCUCUACGCAUUUUGUGGUGCAUCAGACAUAAACAAUUUUUGACAAUGCUUGCAUAUUUUAUAUGAAUGUGUUUUUGAUUCCUUUACAGGAACGGAUCUCGCUCUCGCUCCUACAUCCGUCCUUGCCCUUUCUCUUUCUCUCUGUAUUUCUCUCUUUCUCUUUCUCUCUCUCUCUGUUUCUCUCUUUUUUACUUUUUGUUUAGAAUUAUCGUUAAUUUCUGAAAUUUAUUUCUUUCAUUUGUGGGUGAUGCAUUUUGGAUUUUCUCAAUAAAGUUUGUGAAAUAUGCUUGCCAUUAAGUUACUGAUUUUGUUCUCUCUGUGUUGAUUAGUUUCUCUUAAUAAGUUUCUCUAUUUAUCUAUCUACGUCUUUGCGUUAUUGAAUCUGUACGUUUAAUCUGACAAAAAGCUUGCGUUCUUUACUUUUUGCAGUCAUUUAAUUUACUCUAUAUUUGUUACUGUUUUUUUCUACUUUUCUCUCUUUCUCUCUCUCUCUCUCUCUCUUUCUCUCUCUUCUCUAAAGUAUCCCGAUUUUCAUCCCGCUCUCCCGGUGUAACACGACGUGACUGACAAAGCAAAGGAAAAGAACACGUAUUUUUGAUCGAGAGCGUUUACCAAUGUAUAAACAUGUGUAUAUAUAUAUAUAUGCAUAUGUACAUAGAUCAUAAGAGAACUCCGUGGUGUGACAUUUUUUCUUCUGUGAUUGGGGCGGCAUACCACUGUCGUGGCGAAACGGGAAGAAAGCGAAUGAAAGUGAACGGAAGUAAUCACGGAAUGAAAGAAAAGUCGGAAACACACGUGCGGAUUAAACUAUAUAUAUAUAUCACGACGAAUCAGAAAUAACGUCCAUCGGUUUUUGAGUGUCGUUAAAAAGAAAAAAAAAACAAAAAAACCAAAAAAAAAACGGAGAACGAAUCAGACGAGGGGUCGUCAUAGUUUUUUUUUUUUCCCACCCGAGUCUCAACCCUGUCAACCCUCCGCCCUCUGUCAAACCCUCACUCUUUCCCCCUUUUUCUUCCCCCUCUCUCCUUCUCGUCGUCUCCCGAUGCCUCUUUAUCGCAUUCUCGCUUGCAUGCAAAUGCCUGCAUUGGUUGAUUUCGUAAAGGAACUAAUUUGAACUUCUUAUUGUUUAUGUUUGUGUUCAUUGCACCAUUUACUUUCUUCGGAUUUGAUGAUGACAAAAAAAAAAGGGCUGUUUUCCAGUAAGUAGGAUCUAUAUUCUUGUGUUUCACACCUUGCAUCGAGACACAUUAUGAUGUGACAGCAUUGUUAUAUCUGCGCAAAAGAAGAAGUAUAAUAAUUCGUUGCAAAUAAUAGAGCGUCUUUCCGUUCAAUUAUUCAAUAUAUAUACAUAUAUAUAUUAUAUCGUUUCGAUGAUUUUUCGCCUCUGUUGUUGUUACAUUGUCACUCGGAGACGUCACUCUCUUUUUCUCUUUCUCUCUCUUUCUAUUUCUCUCUCUCUCUCUCUCUCUCUCUCUCUCUCACUUUUUCUCUGUCUACUCUGCUCUACUCUUCUUCUCUCUUUUUUUUUCUUGUUAGUUUCUAACAAAACUCUUUCUUUAUGUAAACUUUUAUCAACUAUCUUUUUUUUCUUUUUUGUGUUCGAAACUUUAUAUCACGCGCGAUGUAUCUUUCAUAUACAUACACACGUGUCACCGCGCUGUCUAUUAAUUGCUCUUUCAUCCUGGUCUCGUAUGUAUCUGUAAGUGAAGGAUGAUGCCUAUUGUUGUGUCGAUGUCACGCACCGAUGAAUUGUCAAUCAACAUUUACGCGGUGCUGAAUAUCCAACGGACGUUUGACAGUGUAUCAAAUCGACGAAACUGUGUUCUCUCUGUUUUUCCACUUCUUUUUACAUAUAUACAUAUAUGUAUGUAAAACCUGUCAAAAAACAUAUCGUUUUCUCAACGUGACAAAAGCAAUCAAAGAGUCACUUUUGAUUUCUUAGGUUUUAUUUUUUCAAUAUUCAAAACAUUAAAAACGUAUUUUAUGU